AAACCUAUGAGUUAUUAUUCUAGCAAAUAUAAGCUCUUUUAGUAAAUUUACAUACAACUUCUUUUCAGGUCACAGACAUGCUAUCUACAAGCUGCAUAAUAGAAAUGAACGGUAUCCCUUGCUCCUAUGAUGGUGCGUUCAUUGGCGUACCUUAGCUGACCGACAGCCAACGAGGUGGAGACAAAGCUGACCACCCCUAGAUCCGAUUGUCUGUAGUUUUCUUUGCUGGAAAAUAAACGCUUCCGGUACUACUAUCUUUCAGUUUAUUUUAUGCUGUCAACGGAAGCAAGCACACGUCAAAGAAAACAGGGGGAAAAACCCAAAAGGUCUGGAUUCAUGGAUGUAUUCACAAAAGAGUGACACGAAACAUCGAUACUAAAUCUGGAUCAGAUCCAUCCAUUUAUUUAUUUUUUAUUUCAUUUUUUGGUUUGUUUAUUUUUUGCUUUUCUGAAUUUAUCUCAUCUUUCAUGAAAUGAUUUGUGUUAAAGGCAGCAGCUCUUAAGGUUCCUCCAAAUGAUAAUAUAGAGAAGAUAAAGUGGGAUGUACUAAUACAGCAGUUGUACUUUAAAUGUUUUAAUUGUGCGGGUCUCUUACGGUUCUGACGCGCGCUCAUAUGACCUUAGCAGUUGCGAGCGCCGUAAAACCUUAUACUACUACUACGGUUCUGAAAGACAAUAAACAUUUCCUCUUUAACUUUAUUUUAUUCAACCAGUAGCUUCAACUUAAGCUUGGCGCUUACAUGACCAAAAUUGAGUCGAUAGUGCCGUAAAACACCUACUCAAACUCAAACUCAAUUCAACUUAAGCGGAAACGUACUCACACCAGGCAGUAUGUCAUUGACUCCACGUUUUGCUCCCACUGCGCCCAUAACCAACUCUGGAGGCUUCCUUAGCACCGCUCAGCGUCGCCUACCUCCGCUACGGCAACAGAGCCAUCCCCAACCCCACCACCACCAGCAGCAGCAACAGCAACAUCAGCAGCACCACCAAAGACGUAGCCACCACCCGGCGUUGUCGCUAAACGCCACCAAAAGUGGCCACAGCAUCGGUGAUGGCGACAGGCUCAACAACAGCAGCAGCAACAAUAGCAACAAACAUAACCACAACCACAACAACAACAACCACAACAACAGCUAUAAUGCCAGUAACAACGGCAUGGCGUCGUCAAGACUGGGUGUCAGCCACCAUAGGAACUCCGGCGCUCCGGCCUAUGACAACGCGUCACCCGUUUCCUUGACGACGGGAACGUCCGGGGCACAUCGACUGUCGUCAUCGUCGGCUGUUGGCGCCUCGGGUGGUUUAAAAGGUCGAAGAUCAUCCCCAAGACAACGACAACAACAACAAAACCAUCACUAUUUACAGCGGACCUCAAUGCAGAAAAUGGCACCUCAGUCUAAUAUUGGAUCUGACCUGGCAGUUCAAGAUCUGACUCCGGAAGUGGUGAGUCAGUACCUCCGCCAGAACCCGGAUGUACUUGAGCAGCACGUGAUCCACCACGUGACGUCCGAGAGAAUAGAGAAAUGGCUGCACAAGAAAGCUCAACAAUCCGCUUCCAAAAACAGAGACGGAACAACAAAUGGUAGGGUUUUUAAAUGAAUUUCUUUUACAUCACAUCUUGUAAACUUGAACUAUUACAAUUUUUUCGAAGGAAUAGCUCGUGUUUU